GUCCUGCUUGAUAAUUUUCCCCCACUCUAUAUCUCUGUCUAAGUGCCUCCACUUCACUUCGGAAGAGCCUCUUCUUGAAGCGUUUCACCUCUCCCCCUUUCCAUAUUGUCUGAUGGCUGCACCAGAAGGUAAAACUGAAGCCAAAACAGAAGCAAAACCAGAAGCUAAUGAAAAAGAAGUUGAAGAAAAAGAAACUCAAGAACAUCUCAAGUACAAGACUUGGGUGUUAAGAGUCUCUAUCCACUGUGAAGGUUGCAAACAGAAAGUGAAGAAGAUCCUAAGAAACAUUGAUGGUGUUUAUACCACAAAUAUCGAUUUGAGACAACAUAAGGUCACCGUUGUGGGAGAUGUAGAUGCCGAAACUUUGAUCAAAAGCCUCGAAAAAAAGUAUGGUAAACAUGCAGAGCUAUGGCCAGAACAUAAAGAGAACAAGAAAAGCAAAUCAAAGAACAAAGGGAAGCAACAGGCACAAAUCGAUCAAGAGAACAGUGGAGAAAAUAAUUCUGAGGAAAAAGAAACAGUGAAGGUUGAAUUUCAAGCUCAAGACUCUUCAAAACAGAAAGAAAACAAUAGUGCUAAAAAAUGUGGAGAUAGUGUACACGUUAAAAUUACUGAAGGUGGUGCAACUGCAACCAGUAAGUCCGGUGGACAGGCUGGUGGAGAAAGUGAAGGUGAUGUUGAGAAAAGUGGUGGUGGGGGUGGUAAAAAGAAGAAAAAGAAGGGGCAUAAAGGGAAAAACAUUAAUAAUGCGGGGCAGGCUGAACCUUCUAGUGGUGGACCAGCAGGUAGUGGAUCACCAAUUCAAGGUCAUGGUCCUCAUGGACCUACUGUUCAAGGCCCAAUCCUGUCUCCAACCAAUUACACUGCGCCACGUCAGCAUACAUAUCAGUGCCCACCUCCAGAUUGCCGUCCACCCCCUGUAUGUGCCGUGAGUUGCAAUACUGCAUACCCUAGCACUAGUUAUGCUGCUUCACAUUUCACAGCGCCACCGAGGACAAUGUAUACAUUAGCGUACGUGCAACUGGGAACAGGAAGCGUACUUGUACCACCAGAUACGGAUCCAUCAGCAGAACAAUCAACAAGCUCAUUCGAGAUGUUUAGCGAUGAAAACCCUAAUGCAUGUUCAGUUAUGUGAUGAACUUCGAGUGAAGUGAUGCAUCUGAGCAUUAUUUUGAUAUGAACUUAUACUACUUGUGUAAGUGUUAUAGAGGUUUGAGUUUUUGUAAUGUAUGUAGAUAUAAAAGUAAGAUUGUAGUUUAAGUUUGGGCUAAAAUAAAAGAGGCAUUAGAAGAAGGCCUUUGUGGUUUUGCUUUA